CCAAUGGUUGGAGUGAAUCACUCUGUGGUGUCAGAGUUUGUGUUCCUGGGACUCACCAACUCCUGGGAGAUCCAACUUCUCCUCUUUGUGUUCUCCUCCAUGUUUUAUGUGGCCAGCAUGAUGGGAAACUCCUUCAUUAUGCUUACGGUGACUUCUGACCCUCACUUACACUCCCCCCUGUACUUUCUGUUGGCUAACCUUUCCUUCAUUGACCUGGGUGUUUCUUCUGUCACGUCUCCCAAGAUGAUUUAUGAUCUUUUCAGAAAGCACAAAGUCAUCUCCUUUGGAGGCUGCAUCGCUCAGAUUUUCUUCAUCCAUGUCAUUGGUGGUGUGGAGAUGGUGCUGCUCAUAGCCAUGGCCUUUGACCGAUAUGUGGCCAUAUGUAAGCCUCUUCACUACCUGACUGUCAUGAGCCCAAGGAUGUGCACCUUCUUUUUAGUGGCUGCCUGGAUGACAGGCCUUAUCCACUCUGUGGUUCAAUUGGCUUUUGUAGUAAACUUACCUUUCUGUGGUCCUAAUGUGUUGGACAGCUUUUACUGUGACCUUCCUCAGUUCAUCAAACUUGCCUGCACGGACACCGACCGACUGGAGUUCAUGGUCACAGCCAACAGUGGAUUCAUCUCUGUGGGCUCCUUCCUCAUACUGAUCAUUUCUUAUAUCGUCAUCAUUCUCACUGUUCAGAAACACUCUUCAGCUGGUUCAUCCAAAGCUCUGUCCACACUUUCAGCUCACAUCACUGUGGUCGUCUUGUUCUUUAGUCCUCUGAUGUUCUUAUAUACAUGGCCAUCUCCUUCUGUACACGUGGAUAAGUUUCUGGCCCUCUUUGACGCAGUUCUUACUCCUUUUUUGAAUCCUAUCGUUUACACAUUCAGGAAUCAAGAAAUGAAGGUGGCAAUGAGCAGAGUAUGCAGACAGCUAGUGAGUUACAGGAAGAUCUCUUAA